CCGGGCGCGCCCCUGGCCCGGCGCGUCUGCGUGAGGCCCAGGCGCUGUUACCCGCUGCAGAGAGUAGGGGCGCCCUGGGCGUUCAUUCGUGGGCCGGCCGGCCUCGGCUCCACGGCCCCCAGAUGUGUCAGCGCCACAGCAACAUCCUCAGAGUCUGAGCAUACUGCGCCCAGCGCGGGCACAGAGCCUCCCACUGCCAGCAACCUGGGGCCCAGGAGAAGAGCGAGCGCGGUGACAGCGCCUCACUGCCACCAGUCCCUGGACCACCAUGGCCAAGAUCCAAAAGGACAGAAAUAGUUGGGGUGGGUUUUCAGAAAAGACAAAUGAAUGGAGCUCAGAAGAGGAGGAACCAGUGAAAAAGGCAGGACCAGUCCAAGUCCUUGUUGUCAAAGACCAUCAUUCUUUUGAGUUAGAUGAAACUGCACUAAAUCGAAUCCUUCUCUCAGAGGCUGUCAGAGACAAGGAGGUUGUUGCUGUAUCUGUGGCUGGAGCAUUUAGAAAAGGAAAAUCAUUCCUAAUGGACUUCAUGUUGAGAUACAUGUACAGCCAGGAAUCAGUUGAUUGGGUUGGAGAUUACAAUGAACCAUUGACUGGAUUUUCAUGGAGAGGUGGAUCUGAACGAGAAACUACAGGAAUCCAGAUAUGGAGUGAAGUCUUCCUUAUCAAUAAACCUGAUGGUAAAAAGGUUGCAGUGCUAUUGAUGGAUACUCAGGGAACCUUUGAUAGUCAGUCAACUUUGAGAGAUUCUGCCACAGUAUUUGCCCUUAGCACAAUGAUCAGCUCUAUACAGGUAUAUAACUUAUCCCAAAAUGUCCAGGAGGAUGAUCUUCAGCACCUCCAGCUUUUCACUGAGUAUGGCAGACUGGCAAUGGAGGAAACAUUCCUGAAGCCAUUUCAGAGUCUGAUAUUUCUUGUUCGAGACUGGAGUUUCCCAUACGAAUUUUCAUAUGGAUCUGAUGGUGGCUCCAAAUUUUUGGAAAAACGCCUCAAGGUCUCAGGGAACCAGCAUGAAGAACUACAGAAUGUUCGAAAACACAUCCAUUCCUGUUUCACCAAAAUUUCCUGUUUUCUGCUACCUCAUCCUGGCUUAAAAGUAGCUACCAAUCCAAACUUUGAUGGAAAACUGAAAGAAAUAGAUGAUGAAUUCAUCAAAAACUUGAAAAUACUCAUUCCUUGGCUACUUAGUCCUGAGAGCCUAGAUAUUAAAGAGAUCAAUGGGAACAAAAUCACCUGCCGAGGUCUGGUGGAGUACUUCAAGGCUUAUAUAAAGAUUUAUCAAGGUGAAGAAUUACCACAUCCCAAAUCCAUGUUACAGGCCACAGCAGAAGCUAACAAUUUAGCGGCCGUAGCAAAUGCCAAGGAUACAUACAACAAGAAAAUGGAAGAGAUUUGUGGUGGUGACAAACCAUUUCUGGCCCCUAAUGACCUGCAGACCAAACAUCUGGAGCUUAAGGAAGAGUCUGUGAAGCUAUUCCGAGGGGUGAAGAAGAUGGGUGGGGAGGAAUUUAGCCGGCGUUACCUGCAGCAGUUGGAGAAUGAAAUAGAUGAACUUUAUAUGCAGUAUAUCAAGCACAAUGAUAGCAAAAAUAUCUUCCAUGCAGCUCGUACUCCAGCCACACUGUUUGUUGUCAUUUUUAUCACAUAUGUGAUUGCUGGUGUGACUGGAUUCAUUGGUUUGGACAUCAUAGCUAGCCUAUGCAAUAUGAUAAUGGGACUGACCCUUAUCACCCUGUGCACCUGGGCAUACAUCCGGUACUCUGGAGAAUACCGAGAGCUGGGAGCUGUAAUAGACCAGGUGGCUGCAGCCUUGUGGGACCAGGGAACUACAAAUGAGGCUUUAUACAAGCUUUACAACGCAGCAGCAACCCACAGACAUCUGUAUCAUCAGGCUUUUCCUGCACCAAAGUCAGAAUCUACUGAACAAUCAGAAAAGAAGAAAACUUAAUCCAAAUGUUAAAAAAUACAGGUGCAUGACCAAUUUUCAGUUACAUGUCUCCAUGUAAACAUUCAGUGCUUCCAUCAGAAAGAGUAAAAUACCAAACACCUCUGACGACUGCAAAAAUGGCCUAGUUCUUUUAUUUCAGUGUUUAAUAGCAGGUGUAUGUAUGCAUGGUUAUUAUCAUUUCAUUAACAUGUAGUUUCCUGAUUUUGUCUUCAAAUAUAGUUAUAAUUUAAAGUUGUCUAUUUAUGAUGAUAGUACAUGUGUUCUGCUUGAAUUUACUGAAUUCUACUACAGGGUUAUAAUUAAACCAUGUGGUAAUAUUACUCCCUGUUUGGAUAUGCUCAUUUAAUUUUUACAGAAGAAUUUUGAAAUUAUUUCAUAGUCAUUUGUUAAAGCACAGCAUCACAACUCAAAAGGCUUGAUUCAGUCUAUAUCAUCUUACAUAUACCAUAAGCUCUUAUUUUUAAAGACAUUUAAGAGAGCUUUUCAGUUGCUUUAUCAAAAACUAUGUAUUGCUUUUUAUAUUAUGAUUUAAUAUAGAAUAUAAACCUCUUGAUAAAAAAUGCACAAUAGAUCACUUUGUAUGUAUUUGAGUUUCUGCAUUGUAUAUUUUUUCAUUUGCUACACAAAGAAAUGUAUUCAUCAUAGGUUUAUUCUUUUAAUAUGUCAACUACUAUUAAAGUUUACUCUGGUUCCUAAGAUUAAAAACAA